UUGCGGUGGUUUUACCAAUCAUCCGGCGAAAAAAUGGAAAGUGUCAAGACAAAAGAAGGUCUUGACAAGAACAACAAGUAUGACAGACAACUAAGAUUAUGGGGUGACCAUGGACAAACUGCUCUUGAGACUGCACGAGUGUGCCUUAUAAACGCUACUGCCACUGGCACAGAAAUCCUCAAGAACCUGAUUCUACCAGGUAUUGGAUCUUUUACUGUUGUGGAUGGAAACAAAGUUCAAGGUGAAGAUGUAGGAAACAACUUUUUCUUGACAAAAGAAUCUAUAGGCCAGUCUCGAGCCAAGUUUGCUACAGAACUCCUGUCAGAGCUGAACAACGAUGUGUCUGGUGACUUUGUUGAGGAGACACCAGAAAACCUUCUUGAAAAUAACAAAGACUUUUUCAAGCAGUUCACAAUUGUUAUCGCAACAAAUCUUUGUGAAAGGACAUUGUUACGACUCGGUCAAUGUUUGUGGAGCAGUAGCAUCCCCUUGCUUGUGUGCCGUUGCUAUGGUUUCAUUGGCUACAUGAGGCUUGUUGUGCGGGAACACACAGUGGUAGAAUCUCAUCCGGACAGUAGUUUUGAAGACCUGAGGCUGGACCGGCCAUUCCCCGGUCUUGUAGAGUACCUAGACUCCAUCAAUAUGGACACUAUGAGCAAAAAGGAGCACUCACACACACCCUGGCUUGUGGUUCUCUAUAAACACCUACAGGCGUGGAAACAACAGCAUGGGGGAGAUAUGCCCAGGGUGUACAAGGAGAAGAACCAGCUGAAGGAACUGAUCAAACAAGGAAUUCGAACAAACGAGGAUGGCAUCCAAGAAGAAGAGGAAAAUUUUGACGAAGCUGUGAAAGCUGUAAACUCCGCCCUUACUCCCACCCGGAUUCCGUCACAUGUAGAUCAGCUUUUCAACUACCCAGAAUGUGUCAACUUACACACAGAGAGUUCCAAUUUUUGGGUUUUAGUCCGAGCAGUGAAAGAUUUCGUAGAAAAUGAAGGUCAAGGAGCAUUGCCUGUUAGGGGCAGUAUACCGGACAUGACAGCAGACUCUGAGCGGUACAUCGCCCUACAGCGCGUCUACCAUGACAAGGCAGAUAGGGAUACAGCUAUUGUGUCCCAACGCUGCCAUGAUCUGCUUCACUCCAUUGGACGGGACGAGCCGCUGAGUAUAUCGGCUAAACACAGAGCAAAGCCCUUUCACGGUGGUUCAAUAUCCGAGCAUGAGAUUAAAACAUUCUGUAAGAAUGCAGCAUUUCUACGACUUAUAAGAUGUAGAAGCCUGCAGGAGGAAUACUGCAUGGAAUCGGGCAAAAUCAGGGAUAUGGUCCAGCACAUGGAUGACGAGGAAUGCGAUGAUGUAGUGUACUAUGUUCUGUUACGGGCUGUUGACAGGUUCUAUGAGAAAUAUAACACUUACCCUGGCUGGUUCGCUAACCAGGUGGAGGCGGAUGUCGGCAAACUCAAGUCAUGUUUGACCAAACUUUGUCAAGACUGGGGUGUGACUUGUAACAUCAAAGACGACUUUGUCCAUGAAAUAUGUCGUUACGGAGCAUCAGAGCUCCACACGGUGUCAGCGUUUAUUGGUGGCUCGGCCGCUCAGGAAGCGAUCAAGGUCAUCACCCACCAGUUUAUUCCGUUCAACAAUACGUUCAUAUACAACGCCAUGAAACAAACUUCCGUCACAGUCGAAUUGUGAAACUAAAUGUCAACUGUGAUACUUUAUGUAUUGUUGUAUUUGUUGUUAGAUUGUUGGUCUUAGAUCGAAUGAUUUUUGGCUCUGAGAUGGAAACUUUGAUUUGGAUGGAAAAAAAAUCACUUUUCCACUGAGAAUAAACUGAAUUAUGAUAAUAUAUUUAAUGUCAUUCACUCAGUUUUGCCAAAAAUCGUUCUAUAAGGGACACAUAUACCGGUAUUAAGGUUUGCUUCCUAUGUAGCCAUUUGCUAUAGAAAAGUCUUGGGAGGAAACACAGCUUUUUAUUUCUAUAUACUUUUUUUGAGAAAUCAUGAUGUGAUUUGAUUAAGUUUGUAGCAAAUUAUACCCAAAACUAUUGCAUUAUGUAAAUGUGUUCUCUUGUUGUGUUGAUAAAAGGUACAGCUAUUUUAUAUUUUUGAAAAAGAAAUACUAUCAAUUGUUUUCUUGUUGUAAUGAUCAAAAAUGAUAGAAAACAGGGUUUCUAAGCAUUUUAUUAUUCUUGUGCCAGUAAUUUUUAAACUGUUUAUCGUAAGAAUUUUUUAUAAAGAGCGGGAAGUAUAAUAUAUAGAAUUUUAUGUUCAAAUAUGUGUUCGAAAAAUGGAAACAAGCCAAGUUUAAUUAAGUAAUUGUUCUUCAUGAUAUUAAAUUAUGUUGGUUAUUCCCUUGUGAUCUGAUUCAUUUAUGCUGCAAAAUAUAAAUAAGGGAGAAAAAGUAACACCUUAUGUUAAUUAUGAUAUCCUAUAGAAAUACAUGUGGAAUAUUUAUGGAAA